AUGGCUUGCUACUUCUUCGAUGUAAUACUACAAAGUUUCAGAGCCUCACUGACAAUGCACAAAUGCCUAAAAUGUUCGCUUCAUGGCCGCACCGUGCCCUUGAAGAACCAUAAGAAGAUCUGCCCGUAUCGCUCCUGCGAUUGCAUUAAGGUAGGCACUAUGUUUUUUAUUCUUAGCAAACAUGCCUUGCAAUCUUAAAAACGAGCAAAAAGUAUCAAAAAGUCUCCAAAAGUCUCCGAAAAAUUACUUUUCAUCUAUUUUUUCGUAAUUCUGCCAAAAAAAUCAGCAGUGACAUCAAAUAACAUAGCAAAAAUUGAAGCUCUUUAAACUACAGUCUAUAUUAACUUCCAAUCUGACGUGAUUUUUCAAUUCCGGCCAACUAAAACCGAGGAAAUCCAUGUUUCCGCAUACACAAUAAUCUCGUGGUGACUCACCUAAACCAUGUAAAGAUUACAAACGCCUUAGAACAUCAAAGUUUGAUCGUGGGUUUAAAGUGCAGUCUAAUCUGGCAACCUAAUUCCCUCGUACUUUUAAUGCCCAUAAAUAGAAUUAUUGACCUUUAAAAAUAACUCUGGCUUUUUGUCGCACUUCAUGUUGAGUCAUUUUCUAAUUUUGCGCAAAUUGAGUUGACAAAAUUACAAACAUUCGUGUUGUUUACCAAAAAAAGAAUUUCCGCGGAAAUCUUUUUCGCCGCCUGAACUUUACUUUAAACUCGUUACAGAAAUGAUUUUGAGCGGUCAAAAAGUCGUGAUCUUUUUACCGCUUGUGUAAGCGUACGGUAGAAAUUUGUAAUACUCCUGAUCAGACCUUUUCUGAUAGACUGUUUUUAGUGUAAGACCGUGGUCACUUAUCGACAAAAUAUCAACCGUAAACGCCGAUCCGAAGUAUUCGAAUAUCCGAUUCGACGGCCCUGGAUGUGCAAGAACCCCAAAUUCGACGAGCUUAAUGAUGAAAAUGAUGAUCCUGGAAAUUGUAAGCAUGCAACAGCAAUUUGACAGUCUGUCGGAAAAAUGAUGUGCACAGUGUCGAUGGGUCGAUCGUGUGGCUAAAGUGAAAAAAAUAUCAUUUUACCGCGACACAAUUCAUUCUUUCGGCCGCAAUGCGAUCUUGACGCAACAAAGCGCUCAUUAUUUUUCCGACAGACUAAUAUAAAAAAAUUGAAAAUGACCAGUCAAAUUAGGUUUUUGGCCGUGCCGAUAGAUCAGAAGUCCAAGUAGUUUUUGCAAAAUAACCCGUUCAAUUUUAGUCUCAACCCAAUCCCUGCCAAGCACAUCAUCCUUCUUGUCAUCGCCCGGCCAAACGCCGGAAUCCCAAACCAUCUCUUUGCCCGCACAAAGCCGCGGCAACUCACUUUCCCCUCUGAACGUGGGCCUCGACCCGUGCUCUUCGAAUUUUGGCUGGUCUGAAAAUGUCAACAACUUGUUGCGAAUGAACAAUCAAGCACUGGGCAAUCAACUUUUGCCCUGUCAAAUGCCAAAUCUUCUGCCAUCGAACGAUGAAGUUCCAUCCGGAAUUCUACCACAGACUUUGCCAAGUCUGCUGCCUCAAAUCACCGCCUCAACCGCAUACCAGAACUAUGUCAACUCCACCUCUUCUAACGCCAUGCUUCCAGCAUCACUGCAAAGCGAGGCGAUUUCAUCAGCGAGCGGUCUAAGUCAACCCAUCUUGUUGAACUCAACGCCGCUAUCGGUCUUGUUGUCAAUGAGUCAACGGCAAAAUGGCAAUAUUUCCGCGCCAACUGCCAGCCCCAUUUUUCCCGUUGGCUUCAACAGCAACGAGAAUUUCUUCAGCACUAACGCGUUAAGUCUGACCAACUCGGUGAAGCCAUCGAUGGCAGUUGAUGUAAACCCUCAGGCUCCGUCUUUCGCCGCCGAAACUGCUCUGGGCUCAAUUAGCCAGUCCUUCAACGUGUUGCCGACCCUUGUUAUGUCAACGGAGGACUCGAAAUUUGAUCUGCCUCCAGUUCUGAAGCCUGAAGUUCCAAUGCCAGCUCCAACAAUUGACCAGAACACUCUUCUGCGGCUACUCCUCCAACAGAGUUUGAACGCGUCGGAACAGACGGCCAAACAGUCAUCUCCGACGCCAUUUAUGAAGCUUCCAAAUCCGUUUCCCCAGUUUAACCUUGUUGCUGCUAACUGGCAAUAA